AUGGAAGAAUUCCAAGAGCGAGAUUCCGGCUGGACCCUGCAUUCCAUUCUGAACUUGACGGUGAAUGUGAACAAGUUGAAUCCGAUGAGAGGAAGCUCCUACAUCGAUUUACCAUCCCUCAUCAAGUCGAAGCACGCAUGCAUCAACGUUAAAAACAACGACAACCAGUGUUUCAAGUGGGCUGUGCUAUCCGCGCUGCAUCCAGUACCAGAUCAUGUAGAUAGAGUUUCAAAGUACCAGGAAUUCGCGGACGAAUUAAACUUUGAGGGUAUUGACUUCCCAGUGCCGCCGAAACAUAUCGUCAAGUUCGAGAAGCAGAACGACGUGUCGGUGAACUUGUACAUACUCAAAAAGAGGGGUGAGAAAUUUGAAGUGUCUCCGUGCCACGUGACGGUGUCGAAGAAGAUCAAACACGUUAAUCUUCUCUUCGUGCAAGAUUACUACGUGGACGAGGACGAGGACAACGACGACGACGACGAAGAUGACGACAUCGAGCUAUUGCCUAAAUUCCACUAUGUGUUGAUAAAAGACCUGUCGAAGCUAUUCAAGAACUUUGGGCACAGAGAGCGAGUGCCUUUCAUCGUCUACGCCGACUUCGAGUGUCUGUUGCGACCUAUCGACGACGACGAGCGUGCGUACCAGCAGCAUGAGCCAUUCAGUGUCGGCUACUACCUUAGAUGUAGUUUCGACGAUUCUCGUUCCGAGUACAAGUGCUACAGGCAGAUAGACGAAGGCUUGCAAAGUUCAGCCGAGUUGGUGGUGGUUCUUCAGCAAAGUUCAGUGGUUCGUCAAGAGCCUGCAAGCUUUGACUGUAGAAUUGAAAGAGAUAUACAAGAACCCCAAACCUAUGAAUGCUCUCACAGAUUCGGAGAGAGAGAAGAGUUUGAGAGAGCUAGAGUCUGCCACGUCUGUCGGAAGCUAUUCUCAGCUAAGGACACGAAGGUCAAGGAUCAUUGUCACCUCACGAGAAGGUACAGAGGUCCAGCGCACAAUAAGUGCAACAUCAACUACAACGACUCGAGAACCAUACCCGUGAUAUUCCACAACCUCAGCGGCUACGACUCUCAUCUCUUUAUCAAGGAGAUAGCAACCUGCUUCAAGGGUCGAGUGUCGCUCAUACCACAGACCAAGGAGCGAUACAUCUCCUUCUCCAAGUUUGUCGAGGGUACGGAAUUCAACAUCCGAUUCAUUGACUCUUACCGCUUCAUGGCAUCCAGUCUGGAGAAGCUCGCCUCCUACCUCGAGAAACUGAGCAUUGCAGAGGAGGAGUUCCAGCUGGAUUACACAACUGAUCAGACGGAGUUGUUGAAGAGGAAGGGGGUGUUCCCCUACGACUACAUCAGCUGCUUCGACAAGCUCAAAGAGACUGAGCUACCUACCAAGGAGGAAUUCUACAACAAACUGAAUGAUAGUCACAUCUCCGACGACGAAUACGAACACGCCAAGACAGACGUGAUCCUUCUCGCUGACGUCUUCGAGAACUUCAGGGACAACUGUCUCGAAGCUUACGGCCUCGACCCCGCACACUACUACACCACCCCUGGCCUCACGUGGGACGCUAUGCUCAAGUAUACGAACAUUGAGCUCGAGCUGCCGACUGACGUCGACAUACUCCUGUUUGUCGAACGGGGCAUAAGAGGUGGUGUGAGUCAAUGCUCCAACCGUUACGCCAAGGCCAACAACCGAUACAUGGGAGAGACCUACAACGAGCCAGACGAGUCCAAGUAUCUCGUCUACUACGACAUCAACAAUCUCUACGGUUGGGCGAUGCGGGAGUGUCUGCCAUACGGCGGCUUCAAGUGGGUCAACGUCGCCGUCGAGACGUCUGACUUUUUCCAAGUGCCAGACGAUCAUCCCGUGGGCUACAUUCUCGAGGUCGACUUCGAGUACCCUGAGGCACUUCACGACGCCCACAAGGACCUGCCCCUGUGUCCCGAGCGUAUGCCAGCUCCAGGCACCCGACAAGAGAAGCUGAUGACGACUCUCCACGACAAGGAGAGAUACGUCAUCCACUAUCGUAGUCUCAAACAGGCUCUCAAGCAUGGGCUGCGACUGAAGAAGAUCCACAGAAUCUUGAAGUUCGACCAGAGGGCGUGGCUGUGA